UGCAUUGAGUUGAUCUGGCAACGUUCUCCUCAACUCGACACGGAGAGAAAUACACAAAACGCAGGGAGACCAGUUGAAUUGAAGUUUUAAUUGUUUAUUAAAAAAUAAGAGUAGACAAAAUGAUGGACGGUAUGGAUGAGUCAAGCAGCCCCUUGGCGAACAAUGGCACCAUGGAAAUCUCAUCUCCAAAUCCAUUAGCACCGACAACAACAACAAAUGGCAGCGGAACAGCAACUUCGCCAGACAGCUCAUCAUCAGCCCCAGCGACGCCAGCGGCAUUGGGAGAAAAUGCGCUGCAUGUGGAGAUCUCAGAUGCGUUGAGUGAGAAGGAGAAGGUCAAGUUCACGGUCCACACACGCACAACGCUGCCUGGGUUCUCGAAGAAGGACAACAAUGUGGUGCGACAACAUGAGGAAUUUGUUUGGCUGCACGAUCGCAUCGAAGAGAACGAAGACUAUGCUGGUUAUAUUAUUCCGCCAUGUCCCCCGCGUCCGGACUUUGAUGCAUCGCGCGAGAAAUUGCAGCGCUUAGGCGAAGGAGAGGGAAACAUGACCAAAGAGGAAUUCAAAAAAAUGAAAUCGGAAUUGGAAGCCGAGUAUUUGGCAACGUUCAAAAAAACCGUUGCCAUGCAUGAAGUAUUCUUGCGUCGACUUGCCAGUCAUCCAGUGUUUCGCAUCGAUAAUCAUCUGAAGGUAUUCCUGGAAUACGAUCAGGAUUUGUGCGCUAAACCACGCAAGAAGAUGGCCAUUUUUGGUGGCUUUGUGAAGUCGCUGGGCAAAACAACAGAUGAAAUACUGUUGAGCGCUACAGUGCGUGAUGUCAAUGAUUUCUUUGAGAAUGAAUUGCAGUUCCUUACUGAGUACCAUGGUCAUUUGCGUGAGGCUGCCUCACGCACUGAGAAGAUGACACAGCGUCACAAAGAUGUGGGAGACUCACAUCAAAAGAUAUCAAAUGCCUUGACACAGCUCUCAACAACUGAGAAGGGCAACGUCGAAACAUUUGUGGCUAAGGCUGCUGAAGUAUUUGAACGCAUCAAGAAUCUGGAGACACGUGUGGCCAGCGAUCAGGAUCUGAAACUGGGCGAUACUCUGCGCUAUUAUCAACGUGACAGCGAUGCAGCGAAGGCGUUAUUGAUUCGCCGCCUUCGCUGCUUGGCAGCCUAUGAGACGGCCAAUCGCAACUUGGAGAAGGCGCGAUCCAAGAACAAAGAUGUACAUGCGCCUUUGGAGGUGCAAGAGGCUGAAACUGCACAGGCGGAGGCUUGCGAGAAGUUCGAAUCUAUGUCCGCUUGCGGAAAGGAGGAGCUGAUUGGCUUCCGCAAUCGACGUGUUGCUGCCUUUAAAAAGAGUCUCGUUGAGCUCUCGGAGCUGGAGAUUAAGCAUGCCAAAAACCAAUACGACUAUUUGCGCCAAUCGCUUUUGGCCCUCAAGGAAAUUGCCUGAGAAAGCGAGGAUGUUGUUGAUGUUGACUUGGUAUUAUCGCCUGCACCUUGUUUACAUACCAUAUGUUAGCCAAGCGCCCCCAAGGAGUAAAUCAAUUUGGUUAUUGCUAAGCAAACAGUUUUAUUAUCAUUACUAAUCUACAAAAUAUCAUUUAUAUAUACAAACAUAUGAGCUAUCGCAUCGCAUUUGUAUUUUAUACGCAUGCAGUUUAUGAUUACCGAAUAUGAAUUUGUUUGUGAAACAAAUCGCUUAUAAUGUAUACAUUGUAUAACGUGCAUUCCUUUAUCCAAACUUUACUAUUGUACAAGCAUUGCAAAAUA